AGUGCACUAUGCGAAUGCUGUAGAUGGCGGCUGGAGUAGGACCAGGAGCAAUGGACAAGAGAGUGCAGUAUCAUGCUGGGCGCUUUCGGCAGACGAACGCCCGCGCUGUUCUGCAUCGCUACGAGGUGCGGAGUUGGCAGAUGAGCAAGGAAGAGCUGGAACGCCAUGCUUUUCAUGUGGCUUGCUGGCUGGUGGUGCUUUCCGUUGACGAGUCAACUCAAGACCACAACGGCUUGUCUGUAUUGAGAUUGUUUGUGCUGUACUUGAAGUCGCUGAAGGAGGCGCGUUGGCAACCUGGCGACUGUUUGGCUGGGAUUCUGCCACUUGUCUCUGCACGAGCCUGUUCUUUGGGAGAUGAUCCGAUGGGCAGGCGCCUACUGAGGCAGCUAAAGGAUCUUGUUCCCAGCGCAGAGACAUAUUCUCAAGGCAAAGCAAGCGGCGCGGUCAGCUCAGCUUGUGAGCCUUCUGAGGCCAAGGCAGUGCAUCUGACGCAGAAGGCCAUCCAGAGAUGGAAGAACCUGGAUCCUGUGAGUCGUGAGGCGUAUGUUGAGCUUUUAGAGAGGGAAGUCGAAUCCGAUGGUGUGGGGCCAAGGAUCCUGCGCAGUGCUGUGGCUGCCUUGUCGCCGCCCCGUUGCAAGGGCGACGAUGUGUCCACCGGAACCGACGAAGCGGUUGCGACCGAGACGCCGGUGUCCAAAGAUCUGCAAGCCCGGCUGCGCAGGAUCGUGCUUUGGUGCCUGGAUGGCUUGGAUUUGAGCAACCCCAAUGUUGCGCCUGCGCUGGAGUGUUUGCGUGCGCACGUGCAGCGAUUUCAGGAGUUGUUAGCAAGCAGCCGCAUUGUGGCUUGCCAGAAACACUGGAAUCGGAUACAAACCAGGUGUGCGGCACCAAAUAUUGCCGACGUUGCUUCAGACCCCAGUUCUGGAAUGCAAUCAUCGACACCAAGACCUUCUCCAGACAUCCCAGCUCGAAGGGGUGCAACCUCGCAGAAAAAAAGAUGCAAGCAUGGCGUGCGUCAGGAUUGCCGUGUGUGCAAUGCCGCUUCGCCUCGCGGCAAGGCGAAGCCAUGCAGGCAACGUGAGUGUCCACACGGGAAGUUGAAGUCUAAUUGCUUGAAAUGCCAGCCGUGCCCACAUGGCAAACUGAAGAGAAACUGCCGACAGUGCAAGCCAUGCCCGCACGGAAAGGUCAGCUGGUUUUGCCUGCAAUGCCGCGCAUGCCCGCAUGGCAAGUUGAAGCGGUACUGUCCUCAAUGUCGCCCAUGCGGGCAUGGCACGGUGAAACAAGGAUGCCUGCAAUGCAGCGCCUGCCCGCAUGGCAAGUUCAAGAGGAAAUGCGCACACUGCCGCAAGCCCGCAAGCGGCCAGCAGCACAGCUAGGUUCCUCAAAUCCUCAAGAAACUCCAAGUCUGUGACGCGCCUUCGGAGUGAACUGCAUGGACUCGAGCGGGGCUUGGAGGCCUAGAGGG